AAGCUUCCUGUUGUUAUUAAGCACCUUAUAAGGACUUCAGGCAAUAAUGAAGGUUCUUUUACUGAAAGAUGCUAAGGAAGACGAUGGUGGCCAGGACCCAUACGUCAGGGAAUUAGGUUUAUAUGGACUUGAAGCCACUUUGAUUCCUGUUUUAUCAUUUGAGUUUUUGUCUCUUCCCAGUUUCUCUGAGAAGCUCUCCCAUCCUGAAGGUUACGGGGGACUCAUUUUUACCAGUCCCAGAGCAGUGGAAGCAGUGGAGUUGUGUUUGGAGAAAGACAAUAAAGCUGAAGUGUGGGAAAAGUCUCUGAAAGAAAAAUGGAAUGCUAAGUCAGUAUAUGUUGUUGGAAAGGCCACUGCUUCUCUAGUGAGCAAAAUUGGCCUGGAUACAAAAGGAGAAAACUGUGGAAAUGCAGAAAAGCUUGCAGAAUAUAUUUGUUCCAGGGAGUCACCAGCAUUACCUCUUUUGUUUCCCUGUGGAAACCUCAAGAGAGAAAUCCUGCCGAAAAUGCUCCAGGACGAAGGGAUCCCCAUGGAGAGCCUCACUGUCUAUCAGACAGCCGCACACCCAGGAAUCCAGGGGAACCUGAACAGCUACUAUUCCAAGCAGGGCCUUCCAGCCGGCAUUGCAUUUUUCAGUCCCUCUGGCAUUACCUACACUCUCAAGCAUAUUCAAGAGUUAUCUGGUGACAGCGUUGAUCAAAUUAAGUUUGCAGCCAUUGGCCCCACCACAGCUCGUGCCCUGGCCGCCCAGGGACUGCCCGUGAGCUGCACUGCAGAGAGCCCCACACCGCAGGCCUUGGCCAUGGGCAUCAGAAAGGCACUGCAGCCCCAGGACUGCUGCUGAGUCAGCUGGCUGGCAGCCUUCCCCUGUGGCCAUCCUGGGCUGGGCUUCUCCCCGCUGGGGCCAGGACCACUGGACGCUGCUUCUGCAUGGAGCUGGGCAUCAGGGCCCUUGGGAGCUGCCACCAUCAAACUUCUGCCUCAAGUCUGAGUGGAACCAGCUGGGGACCAGGAAUCAGGUCACAUGCAUGUGACCACCCUCCACAGACACCACCUUAGACCCCAGCCCAGGCCCUGUGAGGAAGGAAACCAAAUAAACCACACUGGCUGCUUGU